AUGGACGUACACAGAGUGGCCAACACUCACCGACAAAUGGAUUAUAACAGCAUGGCACCCAAACACGGGAAAGCGCUGCCGUGCCAGGAGGACCGCUUCGACAGCGGCCUGGACUCCCUGAAGGAGGACGAGCUGGUCAGCGAGUUUGAGAACAUUAAGGUGGAGGCGCACGAUCCUGCACUGGAUGAAUACCUGCCGUGGAGAAGCGCAGUGACCGAGGAUGGUGACACGCCUCUCCACUUGGCCAUCAUUCACGAAGCCACCGACUAUGCCCUCCAGAUGAUCAAGUUGUCCCACAAUCACCCCUUCCUCAAUCUCCAGAACCACCAGAGACAGACGGCACUUCAUCUAGCAGUGAUCACAGAGCAGCCUCAACUGGUGGAGAAACUACUGAAGGCCGGCUGUGACCCCCGGUUAGCCGACAACAGCGGGAACACGGCGCUCCACAUCGCCUGCAAGCGAGGCUCCAUGGCCUGCUUCGGUGUCAUCACUCAGAACUGCCGACACCUGACGUCCAUUUUGUCCUUCCCAAACUACAAUGGACACAACUGUCUCCAUCUGGCGUCUAUCAAUGGCUACCUUUCAUUGGUGGAAAACCUCGUUAGGAUGGGUGCCGACAUUAAUGCACAGGAACAGUGCAGCGGACGCACAGCCCUUCACCUGGCCGUCGACCUCCAGAACCCCGUACUGGUCAGUUGCCUUAUCAACCUGGGCGCUGAUGUGAACUGCCUAAACUACGGCGGCUUCACGCCGUACCACCUCACGUACGGGCGUCAGAACGAAGAAAUCCGAGACGAGCUGUUCCAGCGGACGGCUCAGGAGCUGAGGGAGCUGCCCGAGAGCGAGACGGACGACAGUGACAUGGAGGACCUGUCGGAGGACUUGUCGGAAGAUGAGCUUUACGACGACAUAAAGUUCGGAAAGUAA